UUUGAAGAGGGAGAGUGGACCCUCAAGUAUUUAAGGAAUGCUACCCCACAGCCAGGUCUGAUUGCAUAUGAAGAACUCAGGGGAUCCAACCCAGCACUGGAUUGGAAAAAGCUCUCAGAGGGAAUUUUCUUCCAGGUCUGAGUUUGGGCUACAAGACUACAGUGCUGGCAGGUGAGUGUUGCCAUCCAUCCCAAGAUUUUAUUCUUCCCUCUGAAGGCAAGACAUUACUUUUGCUCUCCUAUGGGUCUGCUCUUCACAAUGUGGGUGGAGAAACAUGUUAUGAUGCCUGAGACAUCCUAAAGCCCAUCAUCUGGACUGAGCCAGGAUCUGUAAUUGCUCAAAAUAUGACUGUGAUUAUUUGGUGCCAGGGAUCCGGGGAUGCUGUGGAGUACUUUAUAUAUAAAGAGGGAAGCAUAGAUCCUUGGGACAAACAGUUCCCUCUGGAACAUGGGAAAAAGGCUAAGUUCUGCAUUGAUGAAAUGUCAAAGGACUUUGCAGGGAUAUAUAAGUGUUACUACAAAAGCCUUACUGGCUGGUCAGAGCACAGUGACACCCUGGAGCUGGUGCUAACAGGAGCCUAUGAAAAGCCAAGCCUGUAUGUCUGGCCCAGCCCUGUUGUGACUUCAGGGGAGUGUAUAACCAUGCAGUGUAGCUCAUCACUGGGAUUUGACAGAUUCAUUCUAAGGGAAGGAAAACACAACCUCUCAUGGACCAUGAGCUCACAGCAACAUACCAAAGUGUCAUUCCAGGCUCAUUUUGUUCUGGGAUCUGUCAAUGCCAACCACAACGGGACAUUCAGAUGCUAUGGUUAUUUUAGGAAUAAUACCCAGGUGUGGUCAGCAUCAAGUGAUCCCCUUGAUGUCCUGGUCUCAGAAUCCCCUGCAUCACAGCACAAAGCUAACACAGUCGAAAACUUCAUCCGGAUGGCUAUGGCUGCCUUGGUUCUAGUUACUCUAGUGAUUCUACUGUUGGAGGCCUGGCACAGCAAGAAAGUUGAAAAACGUGUAACCAGGAGAUAAACAAGAAAGUCUGCGAUAUUCCACACAUGAGCGGAUCGUGGGAAAUAAAUCUGGCUUUCCCAUACAAGGAAAAGUGUUGUACAGGAAACUGGGUGUGGAUUAAGGAACUGUACUCUUAGAUGCUACAGAAAGCAAAUGUGUUCUAGUGGUUGUUUUCAAGAGCACUUUGCUGCUCAUUGUAUUCCUUUCUCUACAUCUCACUGUGGAUAUUUGCCUACUGCUUCCUCCUCCUUUCUUACUUCUAUACCUCAUGUAUGUCACGGGCCUUCACUUUCCCUCUCUUUCCAGUAACAUUUUCAUUCACAUAGCCAGAUCAAUGUUGUGCAUCAUGAAACAGAACAUAAAUCAAAUAUGCUACAUUUGGCCUUUGCUAAUCAUUCCAUGUACUCAACUCACAGUCACUACCCAAGAAAAGGCCACAUGUGUGAAGUUCAGGAGGGAUGCAAAAUGGGUGGGUUCCUUGUCAUUUGAAAUAUCAUGGGUGAUUUAUUUUUAUUGCAAAUGAAUUGUUUUGCAUAUGCCCUUAAUCUACCGGGAUGCAAUCAUUAAUUGUGAAUAUUAAUUUUUCUCCUACAUCCAAAGAGAAGGCUUCUUUUAAACUAUGAUAUUUUAUUCUUUGAGAAUCUUAGGCAGUGUAUUUUGAUCAUAGUCCUUCAUAUUUGACAGCUCCUCAACAACUGACCACCCCCCAUCCACUCUCCAUUCAGAUGGAAUCUCUGAGAAGAUAAUCAAUUUCUCUGAAACAUUUUAAUUCUUUGUUAGAUUUUGCUUAAUGUAGUCUUUGACAAGCUCUCUCUCCUUUCAAAUUAUUCACAAACUAGUUCAAAUUAGUUCUCUAAUCGUGUUAGCUCGAAUUUCAUGUGCUGUGCUGGACAUGAUGAUAGAAGGGAUGCACUGCAUUCCUCCUCAUCAUCAGGGGACAUUUUAACCUUGUCUUUUAAAUAUGAUGUUACCUGCAACUUAUUCAAACAUGAUGUUAUUGAAAGUUUGAUGUUCUAUUUUCUGUGUAAAAUCUUGAGAAAUGGCCACAUCAUACUUACAAAUAGUGCUCCUUGCAUCUCCGCAUUUGCUUUUUUCACAAUAAUAUUGCAUAUAUGACAUUGAUUGUGUGUGUGUGUGUGUGUGUGUGUGUGUGUGUGUGUGUGUGUUGAACAGAUAAAUGUCACAAAACCUUUCUAUACAUUCGUGGUAUUGAAUUCUGUUUACAUGUCACUGAAUACUUUUUAUUACACAAUGAGUGUGUAUCAUUGAGAUCUAAUAGAAUAUAGCAUCAAAAUUCACUAUGAGGCAUUCCAAAACAUCAUGGACAGUGUUUUAGAAUUUAGAAUGUGAAAUUACCUCUACAUAUGUGAUCUGUUGCUAGUGAGGUAACAUUUUGAAGUUGAGGUAUAUUGAUAUAGAUACAUUGGUAUGAUGCAUUUAAUCAUUGUAACCCAUACUUCUUCUUCUCCACAUUUUUCUCAAGAGUUCUCCUCCUGACAUGGUCUCCUUUUGUGUGUGGUCCACUAAGUUUAGUAAGAGUUACCUACCUGAGCACAGGAAGGAGGUCAUAUGGCAGAGUAAGGACAAGUCAUCUGUGGCUACAGCAUUGAAGAAAAGGACAGAAUCUCUCACAGCAACCACUAAUUCCCAAUAGUAUUUCUGGAGGGGUGCAUUUCAUAUUGAUUAUAUUUACUUCUUUUUCUUUAAGACAUGGUCAUUUCAUUUGUGUAAAAUGUGUGAAAGUUGCUUAGCUGAAGCAACUCAUCUGAACUAGACGACACCCUGGGGGAGACGGACUACUUUAGAUAGAAGGUGAGAAUUUGCACUUUUAAAAUUUAAAGGUAAAUUUUUUUGUGUUUUUCACAAUUCUUUUCUUUUAACAACACUUCAUUGUAAAACCAAAACAAUGUUUUCUUUGCUUUGUAAUUGCACUUUAUUCCCAAGUGGCUUUUCCUUUUAUGAAUUUAAAUUAAAGUAUAAAUAUAU